UCCGCCAUAUUGGAACCCUAGACUUCAGAAGAAGAUGGUUGCUGAAGCGAAUUCGAGCAGAAGCCCUGGAAUCACGGGAAAUCCAUCCAAAAAACGACAAGAAAUUGUAGAAAAUGGCCAGCAAGAUGAGAGUUUAUUCAGUCCGGGGUUCCGAUCAGUCGCCGCAAUGGCUGGGUGGGACGAAGAGGCGCUGUUGGUCGCAAGCCUCAUCGUCGAAGACACUCCCGAUCGACAGUUCAAGCAGAAGAAGAGAACCGACUUGCAAAGUUUGAAAACUCCACCAACAAAUUCAAGAAGAAAACGGAGGGCUCAGAGACGAAGCCCUGCAUCCAUACCCGUUACCAUUCUUGAUCUUGAUGAAGACAAGCCAAAAUCAACUAGUAAAGAGGGUGAAUCAACUAGUAAAGAGGGUGAAUCAACUAGUAAAGAUGAGACAGCCAUUGCAGAAGUUGAGAAGCCUAGUAAGGCAGAUGAGGAAGUGGAUGCAAAGAGCAGAGGUGCUUCCAGCUCGACCCCUUCGAUUCCAUGCCUUGAUCGUCUCCGGGAGGAGCUCUCUUGUGCUAUUUGCCUCGAGAUUUGUUAUGAACCGAGUACCACGCCUUGUGGACACAGUUUCUGUAAGAAAUGCUUGAGCUCCGCGGCUGAUAGAUGCGGGAGGAAGUGCCCUAAAUGCAGGCAGAUCAUUAGCACGGGGAAGUACUGCAAAGUGAACACGGUACUGUGGAACACGGUGCAGCUGCUGUUCCCACAGGAGGUAGAGGCUAGAAAGGCAGCCGAUGAGUCUGCCACAGAGGCCCUCGAGCAGCCUUCUCAAUCGAGAACAAGGAGCCAACAUACUAGGCAAAGCAGAGGUGUUGUGGAAUUGCGUAGUCUUGAGUCGUCUAACAAUUCUGCGGAGAGGAGAAGAAACCGCGAAGAACGCAUCAGAAACCGGGCUCAGUCGAGCAGAGGAGAUGCUGCAAGAACAGAGCUGCCGGGCCAGGACAGGGAUGCUGCUUUGGCCCUGAGGCUGCAGAGGGAAGAAUUUAUGGAGGCUUUCACGGGACCUGAUGACUGGAGGAGGGGAUCACUUGCACCUGCAACUGCGAGAGCUAACUUGAGGGCUAUGGCAUCCAGGGCCAUUAACAUUCGUAUGAGCAGAGGACGAAGAGACUAAAACAAAAAAGAAUUACAUGUGUUUUUUUCAGAUGAUGCUUUUGAAUUUGUAACUGUAUUCACUAUUCACUUUGUGAAUACAAAUUUAACCCUAUUGUUUAUGGUGUUGGUCACAAUGAUUUAGAUGGAUGUUUAUAUUUUA